GCCAGGAUUCCGGAUUUGCUAAUUAGCCCGCCAACUCUUCAAAAAGUCGCAGACAUUUUUACGGAGGGAUAACAUCGCAGCAUUUGCAUCAGUGAGGCGCUUUCGAUGCACCGAAGGUCGGAAGGUCCCCCCCGGGUCUUCAUCGCUGGAUUCGACGACUUCGACAUGGAUGAAAAUUUAGUGGGAGAAGAUUAUGGAGAAGACGAAGAUGAACGCGAAGAUGACGACACAGAAGAAGAAGAAGAAGAAGAAGAGGAAGGAGAAGAAAGCGACUCCGACGAGGAGACAGAAGAGGAGGAGGAAGGGGUUGGUACCUUGAGGUUGACUCGGCGUAGGGCUUUAUAUGGCGAUGGAGGAGAAACUAGGGCGUCGUCACAAGAUGCGGUGGUUAAUGUGCAAGGUUCUGAGAUUACAGUGGAUGAUGGAGCAGCUGGAAGGGCGAAAUUGGUAGAAAAGUUGGCAGGUUUUAAGGACAACGACAGUGGGGAAGAGCAAGAUGAUUGGAAUAUGAGUGACAUCGAUGGCUUGUUUUGUCCAAUUUGUAUGGAGGCUUGGUCUAGCGGUGGUAACCAUCAAAUCUGUUGUCUGCCUUGUGGGCACAUAUAUGGAAUGUCUUGUAUAAAGAAAUGGUUGGAACGAAGAAAAAGUUCAGAAAAGUGUCCUCAAUGCAAUAAGAAAUGCAAAAUGAAGGACGUCCGGCUGCUUUAUGCAUCUCAACUUCAUGCGGUGGAUGAAAAACUACAAAAGAAAAUUCAAUCACUUGAAGCUAAGUGUGCUUCAUUGGAGAAAAAGUGUUCGGAUUGGUGUAAAAAAGAAGUUGAGUGGCAUCGAACAGAAGCUGAUUUACAAAUGCAAGUUUGCCGAUUAAAAGAGAGGAAAAAUAAUAUGGAUGGUUUGUCUAGAGAAAUGCAAACAUCAGAACUGUACACUUCAGGUAGUAGUUGCAACCAUGGUUGGCAUGGCUAUUGCAAUCACUUUUGCUUGAAGAAAGAGAUGAAGAUUGAAGGUGCUCGCUUUUUUGACAUUGAUGUUUCCAGUCAAAUCCUCAUCAUUGCAAGAAGGCUAUCUGGAAUUGGGGGAGUACAUGUUCUUACAAAAAUGAGCUUGUUUUCUCAACAUGAAAAACAAGAUAUUGAACUUCCCCUGAACACAAAAGCGAUCAAAGACAUUCACAUAUCACCAUAUGACAGGCUUGUGCUUCUGGCUUCUUUGGGGAAGAAACUAUCAGUUCUUAGUACGGAAAGCAACAAUACAAUAUUAACAUAUGAUUUACCGGCUGCUGCUUGGUCUUGCUGUUGGGAUGCUAACAAUCCAUACUACAUAUAUGCUGGUUUACAGAAUGGGAUGAUUAUGGAGUUUGAUAGGCGUCAAACUAUGAGAUCAGUGGAGUGCAUCGAAGGGUUAGCAGUCAAACCUAUUCAUACUAUGCACUCUGUUUUAAAUAGUCCAGAACGUGGUUCUGGUUCAAGAAGAAGCAUAUUGAGUGCAUCUUCAGUUGGACUGUGUCACUGGAACUUUGGUGGCAAUGGGCAAAGGCCAAGUCUAAUUCCUCAAUCAGAGAAUCAAGGAGUGUGUAUUUCUCUUGCUUAUGCAUCAAGAACUAGUAACAUUGUUGCUUCAUUUCGUCCUAAAGUGGAGGUAUCAGGCAACACGGUAGUCGCUUCUCAAACAACGCUUUCCCCUUCUUCUGCCCAUACUGACGUGGCUGUACAAGGCUCUCAUGUUGUGUAUAGUAUAGAAAGCAGCGGUUAUCACAAGGUGGGCACUUCUUUUGCCAAUGUCAGCAGUCUCCGUUUCCCAAAAUCUACCAUAAUAGAAAGAGACCAUCUAAACAAGGCUUUGUUUGCCUGUGGUGACGAAGCGUCGUGUGAACUGGUACUUCAAGAGUUGCCUUCUCUGAAUGAUGUUCUGCGUGUCCAAGCUCUUAGAGAUCCAGUUCGCGAUGUGAAGUAUACGCAUGCCACGGGUUCAGGACUGCUGAGUUGUUUGCGCCAGGAUACUCUGCAGUUUUUUUCUGCCAAGGGUUCAUGAAGAAAAAUAGGUUGCUAGAUUCUACUAGAUUGAUCACUCUAGUCUUCAUCUUACAGCUGUACAGAUGACUUGGGUUUAUAUCUGCUACUCAAUUUCUUCUGCCUAAGCAGCGUGUAUUUAACAUUUCUAGAUUGUUGAUUAUUAAGUAGCAUAAUCUUAUGAAUAAAGAUGUGAUUAUGAAUGAUUCAGAAAAUUGCAAAAUGAUCUCGAUGUU